AUGAAGGACCUACCUCAUUUGAUUAUACUUGAUACUCCACAUGGAAUGAAUCCAGUAGUUGAGAAGUUGCCAUCAUAUGUACUGAACAGAUGGAGGGAGAGAGUGGCGACUUACAAGCAGAUCAACAAGAAAUUCCCAACAUUUCAAUACUUCACAGAAUUUCUUACAACUGUAGCAAAAACACAGAAUGAUCCAGAUGUUCCCCGCUUUAAUAAUGCACAGAUCAGACCAGAUAAAGGUAAAGCAAGUCAACAGCACAGAACCCGGGUUUUCUCCACAAACACAAAGGAUGAUACCAAACAGUGUGCCUACCACGAGUCUCCUGGCCACGAUCUGACUGAGUGUAAAGCGUUCAUGAGAAAACCAAUCGGAGAACGGCUAGAACUAUGUAGAAAAAAGGGUUUGUGCUUCCGGUGCACACAAACACAUCUUGCCAAAGACUGUACUGCUGAGAUAAUAUGCACAACUUGCCAGAGUAAGAGACACAUAACCUGUCUCCAUUCAUCACCCGCAGAAAAACCACAAACCACCAAUAAAACAGAUACAAAUCAAGAAGUCACUACCAGGUGUACAAGGUUAUCUAAGUGUUCGACAGGACGUUCCUGCAGCAAGAUAAUAUUAGCAAAAGUGUACAGAAAAGGUCGGCCGACUGAAUUCAUAGAAACAUAUGCGGUUCUAGACGACCAGUCUAACGCUUGUAUGGGAACUACUAGUCUCUUCAAUUCAUUGGGAAUCCACGGCCCUGACCUAGAAUACGAACUUUCCACUUGCAGCACAAAAGGAGAGAACAGGAAGGGACGGCGUGGUGUUGACAUUAUCAUUGAAUCCUGUGAUGGACAGAAACGAUACCCACUCCCGGUAGUACUAGAGAACAAUGACCUUCGCAGCGACAAAGGUGAAAUACCAACACCUGAUGUAUGCAGAGCAUUUGAUCACCUCAAACUGAUCACUAAUAAGAUUCCAGAAAUUAGAGAAGAUAUAGGUAUAGAACUCCUCGUUGGCAGAAAUUGUCCUGAAAUAUUAAAGGUGAGAGAGAACAGAAAUGGCCCUGUUGGUGCUCCUUGGGCUCAACGCACAGAUUUAGGAUGGACUGUAUCGGGUGAGUUAUGUUUAGAAACAGCUAGAGGCACAAUCCGUGCUUCUGUUCAUCGCACGACAGCAAGCUGCGAUGUGACAUCAUACAACACGAACCAGUGUACCAGAGAAAGAUUUCAGUGUCACAAUCACAUAUAUGCAAAAGAUAUAAUUGUACCUAAACCAGAUAGGAAUACUGACAUCUUUGAGGAGACAGCGAGGGAUGAGAAUAAAUCGCUGUCGGUAGAGGACAAACAGUUCUUGGAUAUCAUGGAUAAGCAUUCUCAUGUCAAUACUCAAGGCAAUUUAGAACUUCCCCGACCCUUUAAACAGGAACCAGAACAACUGCCAAACAACUAUCAGUCGGUAUUUAAUCGUUUCAACAACCUUCGGAACCAGUUCAGACGCAAUCCAGACUUGUUGAACCAAUAUGUUCAGUACAUGGAGAAAUUAAUCAAACGCGAACAUGCAAGUCCAGUUCUAACAACUGAAUUGAAUGCAAAGAAUACAUGGUACUUACCACAUUUCGCAGUGCAACACCCUCAGAAAUCUCAGAUCAGAGUGGUUUUUGACUCGAGUUCAAAAUUUAAUGGUAUAUCACUCAACGAUGUCCUGUUACAGGGACCAGAUCAAAUGAACAGUUUGCUUGGCGUCCUACUUAGAUUCAGACGCAACCCAAUAGGCAUAAUGGGAGAUGUGGAACAGAUGUUCCAUAACUUCCACGUCUGCCAAGUACAUAGAGACUACAUGCGCUUCCUGUGGUUUCAGGAUAAUAACCCGACAAAACCGGUAAUCCAGUACCGUAUGAACGUGCACAUUUUUGGAAAUGUGUCAUCCCCGGCCAUUGCCACAUAUGGCCUAAGAAAGAUCGCUCAUGAAAACAGAUUGACCUACGGAGAUGACGUGAGUGAAUUUAUACACAAGGAUUUUUACGUAGAUGAUGGCCUCACCUCUCAGCCUGACAUCGCAACAGCAAUCAGCAUUAUCCAACGCACGCGAGAGAUGCUAGCAACGAGAAAUAUUAACUUUCAUAAAAUCGCAUCAAACGACAGACGUGUCAUGCAUGCUAUGCCCAGCGACAUUCGCGCCAAAGACUUGCAGCUCUUCAAUCUUAACCGAGACAUGCUACCUACACAGCGUUCACUGGGGAUCCAGUGGUCCUUACAGGGGGACACAUUCACCUUUAAAGUAGACCUGAAAGUGAAACCGUUUUCACGGCGGGGAGUCUUAGCGACUGUGAAUUCGGUAUUCGAUCCCUUGGGAAUCCUGGCACCAGUUACGUUGGAGGGCAAACUUAUUCUCAGAGAACUCCUGAAGGACGAGACAAACGUAGGCUGGGACAACCCCUUAUCAGAGAAAUACCUUCCCCGUUGGGAUCGGUGGUGCAGUAGCCUAACAAGCGUCGAGCGUGUUCACCUGAAUCGCUGUUACACCUCCCCAGACUUUGGUUUGGUUAAAAAACGUGAAUGCCACGUCUUUUCUGACGCCAGCGACAUAGCGAUAGGUGCCGUCGCCUACUUACGCUCGAUGAACCACGAAAACAAAGUAGAUGUUGCAUUUCUUCUCGGGAAAGCAAAAUUAAAUCCAACCCAUGCCGUAUCAGUGCCCCGUUUGGAACUCUGUGCAGCAGUAUUGGCUACACAACUAGUGCAAGUGAUUACAACUGAAAUGCAAGAUGAAAUCGACACAGUGAUUUAUCACACAGAUAGCACUAUAGUAUUAGGUUACCUCCGGAACAAUUCUAAGCGAUUUCAAGUUUACGUGGCGAACCGUGUCCAGAAAAUACAUAGCUGCUCCUCUCCAGUUCAGUGGCGUCAUGUACCCUCAACUCAGAACCCCGCUGACCUUGCGUCGCGAUCAGUUCCUGCCCAGAAGCUCACUUCUACUAUGUGGCUACAGGGACCAAGUUUCCUUUGGCAACCAGACUAUGCUCCAGAAAGAGAGCUAUCCGAUGCUGAUCAAUACAAAUUUGAACUACGAGAAGAUGAUCCUGAAGUACGCAAGCAACCCGGAGCGUUCUCAAUUUCGGUUAGCCAGUCAAAACUAAUAAGACAAAACAAACAAGAUCAUUUGGGCUCAGAGAGAUUUAGUAGGUUUUCCAAAUGGAGUUCACUCAGGAGAGCCGUAGCAAAUCUUAUAAACUUAGCAAUUGCUAACAAGAGAAAUAUGCGUGGAGAAAAGAACACACCCCAUCAGGUAACCUCAGACAUUUUGAUUCAAGCUGAAAACGUUAUUCUGCGUACCCUUCAGAAAGAACAUUUUCCAGAAGAAUACAGCAUAUUAUCUUCCUCAAAUAACAGAACUUUGACGAAAAAGAGUUCACUUUACCAACUAAGUCCAUUUAUAGACAGAGAUGGACUCAUUCGUGUUGGUGGCAGAAUUGGCCAAGCAAACUUCGAUUUCGGUGAACGACAUCCCAUACUGUCACCUAAGGACAGUCAUGUAUCCAGACUCAUAGUAGAGCAUGUUCAUCAACAAGUACAGCACCAAGGACGCCAGUUUACAAUGGGUGCCGUCAGAUCCAAAGGGUAUUGGGUGCCUGGUCUACACAACAUGGUAAGAAAUGUCAUAAAUCAAUGUACAGUGUGCAAGAGAUUAAGGGCAAAACCCCUGACACAAAUAAUGGCCGACUUGCCAACAGACAGACUAGAAGCAACUCCACCAUUCACCAAUGUCGGCAUAGAUGUUUUUGGACCUUGGAACGUGGCUGUGCGGAAAACCAGGAGUGGAGUGGUAGGAGCCAAGCGAUGGGGAGUCAUCUUUGUUUGCUUAUAUACCACCGCUAUUCAUAUAGAAGUCAUUGAUUCUAUGGACACCUCUGCCUUUAUUAAUGCGCUCCGUAGAUUUAUCGCUAUAAGGGGAGCUGUGAAAAGACUGAGGUGUGACAACGGUACCAAUUUCGUGGGUGCCAAAAAUGAACUCGAGACUGCGAUGAAAGAACUUAACCAUGGUCACAUUCAAAAAUUCUUGGCGGAACAGGCAUGCGAGUGGAUCUUCAACCCGCCUCACGCUUCUCACUUUGGCGGGAUCUGGGAGCGACAGAUCGGCACUGUAAGACGAAUCCUGAACGCUAUGUAUGUGCAGCUAGGUAAGCCACAAUUCAGUCAUGACCUGCUAACUACACUGAUGGCUGAGGUUACUGCCAUUGUCAACAGUAGACCCAUCACAACUGUACCCUCAGACAGUAAAGAUCCAGUUGCGUUGACUCCAAACAUGAUUGUGACUAUGGAAACAGGCCCAGUGCCUCCACCUCCAGGUGAGUUUAGCCAGAAAGACCUUUACAGCAGAAAUCGAUGGCGUCGGGUACAGUAUUUGGCCGACCAGUUCUGGGUACGAUGGAAAAGAGAGUUCCUCCAGCAUCGUCAAGCUCGACGAAAAUGGAAUGUGAUCAAUCCCAAUAUCAAUGAAGGAGAUAUUGUCUUACUUCAAGAGAAGGAUCAGUCCCGAAAUGACUGGCCUCUUGCACGUGUCAUCAAGGCAUACAAAAGUGAAGACAACCAAGUGCGUAAAGUGGAUGUGAUGGUUCACAGGGAUGGCACAACCCGAAUUUAUCAGAGGCCCGUUGUGGAGCUUAUUCUCAUUGAAAAGUGUAACAGAGACAAUUUUGAGUAG